UUAACUAUUUAUCUUUUAAUUAUCAUCUCCAGUGUUAGAAAAAAGUCAAUAGUACUUGUUUAUAAAUAGUAGUACUCAGUUGUGUACCACUCAUAUUAUUUUAAAAUAUCAAAAUUUUUUUCAAAAUGGCUACUUUUAAAGAAUUACAAAGAAGUGAAUGCACAAGUUUACAAGAAUUGGAAGUUGGAAUAAAGAAUACUUUUCGCUGGUCUUGGUUAGAAGAAAAAGACAAAAAUGGAACUUUCUUGUCUGAUUAUAUACGCAAGAUAAAUAUUCCUGGAAAAGUUCUUUGCAGCAUUUGUAACGUACUUUUGUCCUAUAAAAAUAGCGGUAAAAAAGACUUAAAAAAUCACUCUAAAAAUAAAUCGCACAAAGAAAAAAUAAAUAUUGCACAAACCAACACUACUCUCUCGUCGAUAUUUACAAAAAACAAAGUUGUAAGUACUUGUACUUUACCAUACGGCACUGCUCUAAAUGUUCAUGAUGAGCAAGCAUGUGCAAGUAAAAUAGAAAGUUCUGUAAAAAAAUCUGUAGGAGUAGAAGAUCGGAUAGCACAUGCUGAAGCGAUGGUUCUUUCUUUUGUUGCUGAACAUUCACUACCAUUUUGUCUCACACCUGCAAUAAUAAGAUUAUCGCAAGUGCUUGCCAAAGACAAUAAAGUUUUAACCUCGUUGAGUAUGGCUGGAUGUACAGCAUCUUACAAGCUACGACACGGCUUAGCUGCACAUAUUGCUGACAAUAUAAAAGAAGAUUUACGUAAAUCGUACUUUUCAAUAAAUGUUGAUGAGUGUUUAAACAAUGCACACGAAAAAGUUUUCUCUAUCUUGGUAUCAUAUUACUCUGAAAACCAGAUGUUAUCAGUUGUACAGCAUUACCAUUCAAAAUCUUUUACAGUAAUUAAUGCAAAAAUAUUAUUUGAUUACAUAAAAAGCCUUUUUUUAAAUGAUGAAAUACCAACUGAUAAUUUAAUUUCGAACCUCUCUGACUCGACCAAUUACAUGCGCGGUAAAAAAACAGGUUUUGAGACCCUUUUAAGGCUACAUGUCCCUCAUCUUUUAGAUAUUGACGGAGACAUGUGUCAUCAUAUGCAUAACACUGUUAAAAGAUUCUUGGCACCAUUUGAAAAGUAUAUUGAGUAUUUCUGUAAAGAUGUUCACAAUGACCUAAAAUGGAGCCCUGACAUUCGAAACUAUUUAAGUGAAAUAUGUGGUUACUUAGGUGUAAACUAUCGAAUGCCACCUGACCAUAUUGAUCACCGUUGGUUAUCAACGUUCGAUGCUAUUGAGUGUAACAUGGCACUUUUUCCUGCUCUUAGCGUGUUGUACUUUUUUUGGUUAAAGAAAGAGGAACAAACUAUCUACAUGGAUGAUUAUGAAAAACUAACGGAGAACUUGUCAAAUGGUGUAAAAAAAAGGAUUUACUCAAUUGGCGCUAAAUGCAAAAAAAAGUCUUUAACUGAAGCUGGAAAAGAAAGAAAGAAAAGAAUAGUAAGCAAACUUUUCUACAAGCGAAGAAAAACCGAGCUGCAUGCUAACUUCUAUAUUGCAAUCCUCCCGAUUUUCAAGUCAUUUAUUUUAAUAUUUGAACAAAAAGAACCGAAGAUUCACAUUUUAUACGAUGAGCUAAAAUCAGUGGUUAAAUCUUUUUUAGGCUGCUUUAUGAAGCUAGAACUAAUUAAGGAUGCAUCGGGUAAAAAACUAACAAUGCUUGACGUAACAGACUUCAAAUUUCACAAAAUUCAAAAAGAUUGGUACAUUGGCAAAAACACAAACACAGCUCUUCUCAAAUUUAGACUUGAUGAUCCUAUCCGAACAGAGUUUGAAUCGCAUGUUAAAAGAGCAUUUCUCGAUGGUGCAAAGUAUAUCCAAAAAAAGAUUCCUUUAUCGAACGAGUUAUUAAAACUACUAUCCUCUAUUGAUCCAACGUAUGUUGGAAGUACAGUUGCGUGUCGAAUGACGCAGAAGCUGAAAGAAUUUUUUCCUAACAUUAUAAAAAUUGACGAAGCAGACUUAUUUGACAGAGAAGUUGUUGCGUUUCAUCUCGCUAAAGACUUACCAGCAGUAAAAGGAAAAAGACUUGAUCAAUGGUGGUCCGAGGUUUUUGUAUUGAACCGAUACAACUUACUUACCAAGGUUAUUAAAGCUUGUUUGUCAAUAUUUACUGGACCUAUGAUAGAACAAUCGUUCAGUACCAUGAAUGAUGACAACCCGUCUUAAUGUAGAAACGUUUUCGGCAAUUCAAAUAGUUAAAUUUGAUUUGCGUUCAAAGAAAAGCAACUCUAUAACUCAAUACCAUCGUCAAAACUUUUUAAAGUCGCCAAUUAAUAAGAAAUUAUGCGAAAAAAAUGAUACUUUCGAAAAGUGUAUACGAAAAGAGACUUGCAAUGGUACGACUGGACAGAAAACGAAAUAACGAUGCAAUAAAUUUUGAACCACCGACAAACAAACUGAGAAAAGUUUCAGUCCAUAAGCGAAGUGAUUUACUUAAAAAAAAAGUUUUAAAACAAU